AUGGCGUGGACCUCAGACACGGGCCUGUACCUGUGCAAGUCAGCUGAUUCCAUCCUAGCCGCCUACCAGGACGCCGCCUCCACCGACCUCCGCGCUGAUGCUGCCGCCGCCGACCCUCACCUGCCCACCGAUAACGCCCAGCCUCGCCGCUACGCAUUUCUGUUUCCUUCUCCAGUGGUAGAUGAAGUGAUCCAAGGAGACUGCCAUCCCUGCCCUCACUGCACUGUUGCAUUUAGCACAGUGGAGUUCCUCACAAGGCACUUAAGAAGGCAUCCUGAAGCCACCAGACCAACAUCAGCUGGACAACCUUCUUCCUCCAGAGUGAACACUGAUUCACAACGUCAACGUGAGCAGAGGCCAUUCACCCCAUCUGACGGAAUUGGGAAAUCAGGUGAUAUUCAAGGACGAAUAGUGGAGAGGCGGCAUGAAUUUCCUGACUGUGGGAAGUGUUUCACACACGAGGGGAACCUCCACGUACACCAGUGGACCCACACCGGAGAGAGGCCGUACAAAUGUCCUGACUGUGGGAAGUGUUUCACGCAGGCGGGGAACCUCCACCGACACCAGCGGACCCACACUGGAGAGAGGCCGUACAAAUGUCCUGACUGUGGGAAGUGUUUCACGCAUGCGGGGAACCUCCACGUACACCAGCGGACCCACACCGGAGAGAGGCCGUACAAAUGUCCUCACUGUGAAGAGCUUUGCACAGGCAGGGACCCUCCACCGACACCAGCAGUUCCACACCGGAGAGAGGCCGUACAAAUGUCCUGACUGUGGGAAGUGUUUCACGCAGGCAGGGUACCUCCAGAAACACCUACAGACCCACACCGGAGAGAAGCCGUACAAAUGUCCUCAUUGUGGGAAGAGCUUUUCUUAUCUCCGUCAGCAGAAAGCAGAAAGUAUAAGCAGCAGGUGAGUUUGUAAAUUGAAAUGUUGGAUGUGUUGGUUGAUGUAAUUUAUUUAUCGGAGGUUUGAGACACAAAAUGUGUAUUAAUUUGUAUCAUUCUGCAUUGUGCGAGGUGAUUGACCAGCACCCGCGAUGUCCCGGCAAAAUCUGUUAAUGUUAUUCUAAUGCUAUUAAAGUAAUUGUGU